AUGGAGAACUUGCCAAAGCACGACGGCAACUACGUCCCCCUAAGCCCCAUCAUGUUCCUGCCUCGCGCCGCCGCUGUGUACGCCGACCGCACCUCUCUCAUCUACGGCGGCACCACCUUCACCUGGCGCCAGACGUACGCCCGCUGUUGCCGCCUCGCCGCUGCGCUCCGGGCCCUCGCCGUCUCCAAGAACGAUGUCGUGUCGAUUCUUGCUCCCAACACACCGGCGCUGUACGAGAUGCACUUUGCUGUCCCGAUGGCCGGCGCGGUCAUCAACGCCAUCAACACCCGCCUGGAUGCCGCCGCCGUCGCCGCCAUCCUGAGGCAUGCCGCACCAAAGCUCCUCUUCGUCGACUACCAGUACACAGGCAUCGUAACGGAGGCCCUUAACGCCAUCUUGGACACGAACUUGCCGCUGCUCAUCCUCAUAGAUGACAUCGACACACCGACGAGCGCGUGCGUCGGCGAGCUGGAGUACGAAGUGCUGGUGGCGCGCGGCGACCCGGUGAGGUACCCGCCGAGGCAGGUGGAGGAUGAGUGGGACGCCGUCGCGCUCAACUACACCUCAGGCACGACAUCGGCGCCGAAAGGCGUCGUGUACAGCCACCGCGGCGCCUACCUCAGCACCAUGGGGCUCCUCCUCCAGUGGGGCGUGGGCCACGAGCCGGUGUACCUAUGGUCGCUCCCCAUGUUCCACUGCAAUGGCUGGACCUUUACUUGGGGCGUGGCGGCGCGCGGCGGCGCCAAUGUCUGCGUCCGUGCGCCGACAGCCGACGCCAUGUACUCAGCUAUCGCCAACCACGGCGUCACCCACAUGUGUGUCGCACCCGUGCUCUUCAACGUCCUCCUGGAAGCUGACCGCGUACCGCUUCACCGCACUGUCGAGGUGCUCACGGGUGGCGCACCGCCGCCCGCGGCGCUGCUGGAGCGCGUGGAACGGCUGGGGUUCCACGUCACACACGCCUACGGCAUGACGGAAGCCACAGGCCCUGCUAUGGUGUGCGAGUGGCGGCAGCGGUGGGACUUGCUGCCACCGACAGAGCGUGCCCUGCUCAAGGCGCGGCAGGGCGUGGGCGCACUCUCCCUCGCCGGCGCGGAGGUGAAGGACCUCAAGACCAUGGAGAGCGUGCCCCGCGACGGUGCCACCCUCGGAGAGAUCGUGCUUCGGGGGAGCAGCCUGAUGAAGGGAUACUACAAGAACCCGGAGGCCACGGCAGCAGCGUUCCACGGCGAGUGGUUUCUGACCGGCGACGUGGGCGUGGUGCACUCGGACGGGUACGUGGAGAUCAAGGACCGGUCGAAGGACGUGAUCAUAUCCGGCGGCGAGAACAUCAGCAGCGUGGACGUUGAGGCGGCGCUGUACAGCCACCCGGCUGUGCGUGAGGCGGCUGUGGUCGCCAUGCCGCACCCGUACUGGGGCGAGACGCCGUGCGCUUUCGUCGCCCUGAAGAAACAGUUGGACUUUGGCGCCGGCAAGGCCAGCGAGGAGGAGAUCGUGUCCUUUUGCCGGAGCAAGAUGGCACACUUCAAGGUGCCAAGAAAAGUGGUAUUCGUCGAUGAGCUGCCCAAGAACGCCACGGGGAAGGUGCAAAAGCUCGCGCUGCGGGAGAGGGCGCGCGGGCUCAGGCCCACCGUGUCCAAGCUUUGACUAACGCCCAUACGUGUGGCACUUCUCCAACCCGCCCACACGUCUGGAUCACCAUCGAUUUAAAGUUGCACGAAUCUUGGCGCGAUGAGGCAGUUUUUGGUUGCCACAUAGGACAAGGCCGAUGUGUUGUGUCUUCGUCAGUUCGCCCGCACGCCGUUUCUUCCUCGGCCGUCACCAGUUGCGAGUCAGGGCGUGCGGUGGAACUGCCGCCGCGCCCGCACGCGUGGCGCACGACUUCUGUCCCCGUCUCGCUCGACUGGCCAUUUCCCCCUCAAUGCUUCUGCGGUUUCUCCCGAACCAACCUUCCACAUGCAGUUCCAUUCGAUUGAAGGAGAAGACGAGAGGAGGCAGCGGGGGCAGCGGAAGAGUCGACAGCAUUCGCGACCGUUGCUGGUGUUCACUCGACUGGAUCGUCGUCGCCGGAGCAGCCGCAGUGAGAAGGUAAGGAUGUCGAAGCUUCUGUACUGUCUUCCUUCCUCCCUGGUCACAUUUCUCUCGAGCCAUCUCGAGAUUCACGCGGAUUUGCGGCCGCUCCGGCGUCCCCGUCGGCGGGGGAGUCGCGCGUGUGCCAUUUUAGGGCAGCAUUGCGCAGCCGCGUCGCCGUUGCGGUGGUAGUCAAGCCGGUGAGGCUCGCCCGGUCGACAACCACAUCUCUAUGUACGAGAGAUUAGAUUCCUGCUAUUAAAUCCGUGAGCGAUUCCGUUUAUAAUUGUUAGUUGUGAUUUCUUUCGAAGGCUAUGAUCUUCACUGUUUUAGGGCGAUGUUGAUGUUGAAUUGAGGGGUAUGAAAGUUGUAUAUGAACCCUAGAUCUAGUUACGUGCAUUUCAAUGUGUAGGAUCAUAGCAGUCAUGAGAAUUUCAACACACUUGUUUUAUCCACAACUGUCAUCAUUGAUGGCAUGUAAUGUUCGGAAUCAACUAUGUCAGUUGCCAUGUCCUGUGUAGGAUAAUGGCAGUUUAUGAGAUCCAAACUCAGGGAGUGAUAGUUGUGAAUGAUCCCUAUAUCUAGGUAGAUGCAUAUUUAAGUGUGGGAUAAUGGCAGUGACGCCAAUUCCAUUGCAUUUUGUAUACCUACAACUAUCCACCUAAGUGGCAACUAAUUUUGAAAAUCAACUAUGACAGUUGCCAUGUCAUAUGUAGACUAAUGCCAGUUUGUAUGUACCAUGUACUCGCUUUGUUGCCAUGUUGUUUUGUGACAGCACAACAUAUUUGAUUGCAGUACAUGGCAACUCAUGU